AUGGGAAGAAAAUAAAGUUAAGUUGCGAAUGUGCUCUAUUUUGAUUAUAGAGGUUUAAUUAAAAUUUUAUGCCACUAGAAUGACAUGAAUUAAAAAAAAAUUACCCACAUUAUUUAUCAAUAGACUGUUUUGGACGUUUUUAAAAAUUCUUAUUCAUCUUAUUUUUAUAUAAUUAUUUAGAAAUAAAAAAUGUGCGACGAAGAAUUUAGGACUUUACGCAUAGAUCCACGUUAUCCAUUUCAAAAUCAAACGAGGGCAUGCUACGACAACUAUUGCGAUUUUUACAAAUGUACUCGUUUGCUGGGCGAUGUUGACGACUGCAAGAUAUUCAAGAGAUAUUUCCAAACAAUCUGUCCAAACUUUUGGAUUGAACACUGGGACGAAUUACGAGAAAAGGGCGCCUUUCCAGGCCCCAUUUAAAUUUUAUAAUUAAAUAAAUUGAAGGUUGUUUUCA